AUGGAAAAAGAUGCCAAAGCCUACGAUGAAAUGAGCGAACCACAAGUUGAAACUGGCAGUCAAUUUAUCCGCGAGUUGAGUUUAUCCCAGGAAGACAGAAUACUUGAUAUGGGCUGUGGAACAGGCAAUCUUACUAAAUAUAUCGCUGAUAUCGUUGGCGCCAACGGCGAGGUUGUCGGAGUCGAUCCCGAUGUUGCGAGAAUCGAAAUUGCUAAAGAAAAAUAUAAAGCAGUCAGUAACCUUCAUUUCUAUGUUGGUAGCAGUGUGACGCGAUUUCCACACGAUUCUGUGUCGUAUUAUGAUCUUCACAUCGGUAUAUUAUGCCUCAUGACGAGAAAAAGAUUUACCUACAGAAAGCACACCGAUGUCUAA